CAAUCCCCUUGUGGAGCUCAGUCAUUGUUCAUUUCUUAAGUGGGAAAGAUGGAACAUCUGCGUUGCUUUUUUGUCUGCUUCUGUUUAUUUCUCUUUAUGGGAACUGCUCUGGCUUACUGCGAAAUUAAUAAAAAUAUCCUAGACUCCAACUAUUUAUUCUACUAUAAGGAUGUGAAUAAUAAAUAUCAGCUUCAGCUCUCCGACAGGGUGGCUCUCAACCACAAAGUGUACAUGGCUUGCGGUAAUCAGCCCAUUCUUCAACUUACCUGCAUACUAGAUUUGUCGCGUCAGAAAUAUACAUUCGACCAUGCAUUUCCACGCAACAGCUGUGAUCAAAAUAAAAUAACUAUUAAGUCUGAUCGUCCAGUCGUGGCAGGUGCUUGUGAGACCCCUAACAUCAUGCACCACAUAGGAUUCAGACUCCAAACUGAAUUCAUCGAGCUUUACCGAACCUGCUUUAAUGACGUUUUGAAAACCGUCAAGUUUACCAUUCACCUUAUAUCUGACAGCUCCCAUACUGCUACAAGGAGCUCUCAAUUUAGACCGGACGGAGUACUGACUCCAGCCCAAUUUGAUGUAUACAGAAGGGACGGUGUUUUCGCAUGUUUCCAACGGGAACUGGGAAACGGCCAGUCAUAUGUACAGAAAAGCCGGUGUUCCAUCCAUCGGGGACACUUAGUUCCGAACAAAGACUUUCCUUUUCAUAUGCAACAAGAUGCGACAUUCUCAUCAAGGAAUUAUGUCCCGCAAAGUCAGAACAGAAAUCAAGGUAGCUGGAAGGUUGUCGAAAAUUGGGUACGAGAUCUCGCCAAAAGUAACCCAAAUAGAAUACUUAAAGUUUGCACUGGUACUCUUAAUGUAUUAGAAUUGGAAAGUACCAGCAAUGUAAUGACAGAAGUUUUCUUAUGGAGAGAACCAACAGCUUUGCAAAUCCCUAUUCCCAAGUGGAUGUAUAAAAUCGUUGAUUACAGAUAUGUCUCCCUGACCUAUAAUGAUCAGUUUUCUACAACCGCACCGAAUCCUCAAAUGCUUAACAUUUGCAAUCCAGAUAGUUGUGGCGGUCUGGACUUAACAAAUAGGCCUUUUACUUUUUGCUGUAAUUAUCAACAUUUUAUAACUUCCGUAGUUCCCUAUUUGUAUGGUCUUUGUUAAAGUAUCUUAAAUAAAAAAUACCCUACGUCUUGCCAUGUA